AAUCAAUCAGCGGAACGACAAAGGGCAAGGACGCACAGAGUACAUUUGCUCAUUGAUUUCAAGUAAAUAAAAGGCCAAAAUGCCAAGAAUCGACAAUGACGUGAAGUUGGACUUCAAAGAUGUUUUAUUUCGUCCGAAAAGGAGCACUCUCAGAAGCCGAUCUGAUGUUGACUUGACUAGAACCUUUAUAUUCCGAAACUCGGGCCAGACUUACACAGGGAUUCCUGUCAUGGUGGCCAACAUGGACACAACUGGAACAUUCGAGAUGGCUAAGGCAAUUGGAAAACACCUCAUGUUUACUGUGAUACACAAACACUACUCUGUCGAGGAAUGGAAGGAGUUCGCCAGAGAAAACAAGGACAUUAUUGGGCAUGUAGCUGCCAGCACUGGUACCGGUGAAAAUGAUCUCAAGAAACUGAAGGAGAUUCUCGAUGCCGUUCCAGAAGUCAAGUUCCUGUGUGUAGACGUUGCCAAUGGUUACUCGGAACACUUUGUGCAUUUUGUGAAGAGCUGUAGAAAAGAGUUUCCUAACCAUACAAUUAUGGCUGGAAACGUGGUGACGGGUGAGAUGGUUGAAGAGCUUAUACUGUCAGGCGCAGACAUAAUCAAGGUGGGGAUUGGUCCAGGCUCCGUGUGUACCACCCGUAAGAAGACAGGUGUCGGCUAUCCCCAGCUUAGUGCCGUCAUAGAGUGCGCUGACGCAGCUCAUGGACUUGGUGGACAUAUUAUUUCUGAUGGGGGAUGCACAUGCCCUGGUGAUGUCUCAAAAGCUUUCGGCGCGGGUGCUGACUUUGUCAUGUUGGGCGGGAUGUUUGCUGGGCAUGAGGAGUCAGGUGGGGAAAUGGUCGAGCAGAAUGGGAAGAAGUACAAGAUCUUUUAUGGCAUGAGUUCCGCUACGGCCAUGAAGAAACAUGCUGGCGGGGUGGCUGAAUACAGAGCGUCCGAGGGUAAAACUGUACAGAUCGAGUACCGAGGUCCGGUAGAAAACACUUUGCAGGACAUUCUUGGUGGUGUUCGCUCCACGUGUACGUAUGUCGGUGCAGGAAAACUGAAAGAGCUAAGCAGACGCACAACUUUCAUCCGAGUCACCCAGCAGCUGAAUGAAGUGUUUGCUGCAAGCACCAAGGAACACUGAUGAAAAAUUCUCUUUUCUGAUUGUUUGAUUAAUGAUCAAGAAAUUUCUUAUUUGAUUGGUUUAUUGUUAACCAUUUCCUGAUUGGUUGAUAGUUUUUUUAACCCAGAUAUCUGUUAUUUGCUAAGUUGACUGUUGACCAAGUAAUUUGUUUUAUGUGUUAGUUGAUUCAGACACUAUUUUUUGUGUUCUUAUUUUUUGUUAUGAAGUGUUGUUGCAAAUAAUUUCUUCAAUUAAAAGGAUCAUUUUAAAGUUGAAGUAUAACUAAAUAUGUUUUAGAAGAAAAAAAGUUAUACAAGUAAUACAUCAUGAUUAGCUUCUAUUAUAGAAGAAGAAAAAAAUUGUCAUCAGAAUUUAUUGUGAACAUAAAUGGUGAAUCCCCUUGUAUCCAGAUCGGACUAUUUGCUCCGGUUGGUAUGGAACAAAAAGAUAUAAAGAAAUAAGUUACACACUUUAAGUGGCAUUUAUGUUACAGUUGUGUUCAUGUCAAUGCUUUAGGGUAAUUUUUAUUUUUAUAUUAGAAUACUUUAGAACACUAGAUCUACUUAUUUUUUAUCUGAACAUUCUUUUUUUUUAAGAACUUCAUUUUCUUUUCUUAUGUUAUUUUUUGAAUGUGCACCUUUUAUUAAUUCUGUUUUCCGUUACACAUUUUUUUCUUGUGUUUUUGUUGUAUUAUAUUGCCUAUUUACUGUCUUUGCUUUUAGGGCGAAAUUUAUCAAUAAAAAACCCUUAAAUUUAGGAUGAAUAUUUCUUAUAAGAUUUUGCUGGGUUAUACAUUUGAAAUUAAUUAGCGAGUUAUAACCAACAGUUAAACUCAUAUAAUAUUGAAAAGAUUUGCUGUUUUCUUAUUAAAGGGGCGCCAUAUAGUUUACCACCUGAUAGUUUAUAUAUUUAAAGAUAUUAGCCUUUAUAAAACAGGUUUCAAUUAAAUAGCCUGUGGUCACAAGUUCUCCAGUUAAAAAAAAACUUCAAAAUUAUCGCUCUGUACAAAAAUUAUAUCAGUUUUUGGUUAAGAUCGUAUAAAGUCAGAUGGGUGAAACAUAAUGUUAUUAAAUGAAUUCGCUUCUUUUGCGCAUUUAUUAAGCGUAAAACUAGAUUGUGUCCCUUUAAUCUGUUGAACUGUCCAUGUUUGUGUACAAAAUGGUUUGUUUAAAAUCAAAAUACAUAACACUUAAUAAAGCUAUUAUUUGACAUACCCUUAGAAUUUAUCCAUGGUAAGGGUAUAAAAUAAAUAUGGUUAAUCUUAAACAAAGGCUGAAGUUCUUUAGUCAACCAUUAGAAAUCUGUUUUCAUCGCAUUGCGGCAUUCGUUGUUGUUUUUGGAAUGGGUAACUUCUUCUCUUUUUUUCAGAAAUAAGUUUAAUUUUAAAAACCAAAGUAAUUUGUGCAUUGAAAUUCUGAAAAUGUGCUACAUGUAUAUAAAAGUGUUGAACAACAUCACAUAUUAUGUUUAACUUGAUUCAAUUAGAAUUCAUCAAAGAAUUUUUUUAACAUAGUUUCCCACCAAAUCUUGCUCAAAAACAGAAAUUUACAAAUAAUUCUUUGGAAUAAGAUAUAUUAAGCGAGGUAAAGAAAAUGUGCUGAUGCUUGAAAACUGAAUUAUUUUUUUUGGGUCAUAGCAUGUUAUUUAUAUAUUUGCAUGCACUACAAAUUAUAUUCUUAAUUUCAUGUUUUUAAAUGCAAUGUUAAUAACUGUUUCUUGAAGAACAUGAUAUUGCUUCAACAAAUAAAUUACAGGUGGCAUCUUGUACUACAAGUAAAAAAGUAUAUUUAUAUAUCACCAUAAACGUGAGGCAUAACUAUUUACUAUUAAAUGCGAUAAAGAAAAACAAAGAAAAGUGAUGAAAAAUGUUCCAAAAAACAAAUGAUAAAUAUCAAGAUUAAAACGUAAAUUUUUUAAUUAACCGGAUACGACAAACAUUUAAACACAAUGAAAGAAAAAACAUCAUUAUUGUGGCUGUAGAUUCACUAUAAAUUAUUUAGUUUUCAUCAACAAUAUUUACUUUCCAGUUCUUAUAAAGAACUAUUUUUAAUAGUCCUGUAAAUCAGUAUUGUAUUUUUUUAUAUCAUUUGAAUUUAGCAUUGUUGGCUAACAGUAUUUUUAGUUGAAAACCAUACACACUUAAGAAAUGUUUAAGGUUGCUAGUAUGUCACUACUUACAAAAAUAAAUGGUUGGAUUGCAUAACAAAUGCAAGUACCUUUAAACUUUUAACUUAAGUGGUCUACAUUUUGUUGUAUUAUCUAUCUACUUCAUGGGCCAGCCACUGAUUAUAUCUAUGCUUCACCUGAUUUGACUGCUGAUUUACUGAAACAGAUGUAUUGGAAAAGUUGAGAAAUACUGCCUUCUCAUUGGACAAAAUAAAAUGUUGACCACUUAUCAUUAAAAAGCAUGGCAUUCGAUUUACACUCUUCUACAGCUUUGAUUUUACUGUUUUAUGACAAGUAUUAAAUGCUCGCAUAGUUUUAACUGAGAAUAAUUCAUCUUAAUUUAAAAAAAAAUCAGUUACAGGUUCAGUAAGUACUUAUGCUUCACGUUUUUUGUUGAUAUAAUGAUGAAUAAUAUAUGCUCUUUGUUUGCACCAACUUGCAAGAAAUGGUUAAAGAUUGUUAAUAUGUAUUUACAAAACUAAAUGGUCUAAUGAGAUGUUUACAAUUUAUUUUGUUUAAUUAAGUCCAUACUAACAAUUUUUUUUUAAAUUUUUGGUGUUCAAUAUAUUGUGUAAACUAGCCUAUUCUGGGCCAGCCACUGUUUAUAUCUACUGCUUCACCUGAUUAAAAUCAAUAACAGCUGACUUAAAGUAUUAGAAAAAAGGAAUUGUUAUUGUUUUAUUUAUUGUUUUUACUUGAUUUCUGUUGUUGUUGCUAAUCUUUCAUAGGCAGCUCAUUUUGGGUAGAUUUACAGAAGAUCAUAUUCUUAAAAUAUUAACAAAUUGAAUUGAAAAUAAUUUACUUUCAAUGCAGUUUGUAAUAUUUCAAGAGCAGGUCUGUUUUUCGAAGAAAACCAAUGUGCUAUUGUCAAAGAUGCAUGCAUGUACGAUGUUUGUGUAGGAAGUAAAAUAAGUCCCACUUGGUUUUCAUACAAAAUUGGGCACGUUAUAGCAUCUGGUUGGGGACAUCCUAUGUCUCAGUUCAUUUUGUUAUCGAUAUGAUUGAUGUGUUUAUUGAUAUAAACAAAAUGUCGCUGAAUGAAGAACAUUGUCAGAGUUUUCUAGUAUGUGUUCCAUUUUAUUUAUCUGCUUUUUAUUUUGUACAUGUAUAUUUUUGUUUGCCUUUGUGAAAAGAGAAUACAUAACAUUAAACGUA